AUGGGCCAGAGACACAACCGACGCCGAACACGCCCUCGCUCCCGCAAUCGAAACACCGCUAGUCAAGAUAUACCGGCUUCGACAGUCUUCCAUACUCUAGGCUCGCCAUUGUUGGCCACAUCAUCCAUUUGGCCGCCCCAAUCUAUAUUAUCGGAGCUGCCCGCCACGAGCUAUCAACCUGCUUCAUGUAUUUCACUUGGAUCGCCGGCUCCCGCACACCUUGCCCCGACUUGGCACUAUGGGUAUACGGCCUGGCAGAUCCGUGAGAACGCCCCGCGGGAAAGUGGCGGAUUGGAAGCCGAGCAGUGUCGUCUCUUUGGCGGCGAGCCUGGCGACGACGUGGGUCUCUGCUACCGCAUGCUGGAGUAUUUUGGUGGACUCGAUUAUAUCGACUCUACACGCAACAGCACUCUCGGAGAUUGA